AUGGGCGUUUGUCAUUGUAACCAAAAGCAAGAGGAAGUUGGCACAAUAGAAAUCGAUAACACUCUCGUAUCUCAAAAACAAGAAAAAUCGAAUGCAUUAUUUUCCGAAAUUCCCCCAUCAUUUCCUUCUGUCAACCCUUUCGUGGUCAAAUCCCAAGCAGCUUUUAGAGGUUACCUAAUUCGAUCAUUAUUUCAUAAAAAAGCUACCAAAGAGGCUGAAGAAGAGCUUGAAGUAAAAUUUAAUUUCGAAGAAUUAAACGAAAUCCCAAACAUGCUCUCUCAAAAAGCAGCAGAAACUCUCAAAAAUUUAGUCGAAUUCGCUUAUACAGAUAAAGCAAUUGGAGUUAUUGAGAGAGGGCCUGUUAAGCUUCAAGAUCAUAGUGUCUAUAUUGGCGAGUGAAAUAAAUUUGGAAAUCCUUGUGGAAGAGGAGAAAAAUACUUGUCAGAUGGAAGCUACAGCAAAGGAAUGUGAAAAGAUCGCAAAAUGCAUGGGCGUUGUUUACAAGUAUUUUCAAAUGGAGAUUAUUAUAUUGGAGAUGUCUAUGAGGAUGUAAUACAAGGUAAUGGAAAGCUGUUUACCUUACUCCUUCUUUGUGAGCGAAGAAAAAAAAAUUUGUUCGCUGAUGAAGGCGCCGAUUUCUCAAAUUUAUAUAUAAAUUUAUAGUAAAAAAUUUUUUUUCGAAUAAAAUAAUCCAAUUCGAAAAAUAAUUUUAAAACGAAAUAUUAAUUUAAUUUAUAAAAUUUAUGUUUUAAAAUGCAAGUGGUUUGAAAUUAAACAGAAUUAGCCAUAGAUUUCAUUAUAAUAAUUAUCAUUCAUGUAUCAAAAAUAUCUUUUCCAUAAAAUAAAAAAGUUUUUUGCUUGCUCACAGAUGGGGAGUUUUCCAAUGGUUUUGUUCGCUUAAGGAGGGGAGUUAGAAUCACAGUGCACUUAUGAAGGGGAAUGAAAGAAUGGAAAACAGCAUGGCUACGGAAUUGAAAAUUGGCCAGAUGGGGCAAGAUUUUCAGGAAAUUUUGAAAAUGGGAAGAAAACUGGGAAAGGAAAGUUCAUUUGGGCAGAUGGAUCUAUGUAUGAUGGGAAUUUUGUAGAAAACCAAAUAAGUGGGUUUGGAAAAUAUAAUUGGGCUGAUGAUAGAGUAUAUGAAGGAACAUGGUUUAAUAAUAUGAUGUCAGGCAAAGGCGUAUUUUUAUGGCCUGAUGGUAGAAAAUAUGAAGGAGAUUAUGUAAACGACAAAAAGGAAGGACAAGGGGUUUUUACUUGGCCAAAUAUGAAAACUUAUACUGGAGGCUGAAAAAAUGGGAAACAGCAUGGAAUUGGUGAAAUUAGAGCUCCUGGCAAAAAGACAAAGAAAGGAGAAUGGAAAGAUGGAAAACGAAUUAGGUGGAUUGAAUAG